GGGCUUAGAUGAGCUGACUUGCCUAGACAGCAGCUAUUGGAUGUCACAGUAUGAUGAGUUCACAAUGAACGUUCUAUGACACGCUGCUGACAUGUACUUAGAUACGUUCAUGCCUCAGUGCAGAGUGCCAGUAUACUCUGAGGUUUGGCUCAUUGUAAAUGUUUAUAAAUACAGCGAUAAUUGUUUGGAGUUAUUAAAAUGGGGAACUGCUGUAACAAUCCAGUUGAACUGGAAUAUCCAACUGUCACACCUUCCCCAACCGAUGUACAAAAGUUCCCGAAUUCCUUGGUGAAGGUGGAACCUGGAAUACACAGACAUGAUUCCAAUGUCUUAGAAGAGAACCAUCAACAGCACAUGGUUGCUCCUGAGAAUGCUGAAAUACUGCAAGUCCAGGCAGACACUUCUGUAGAUGUAUCAGAAAGCGAAGCAGAAGUGUCCCAUGAACCUCCUGAUAAUACAGUUUCACCAGUAAACCAGCAAAAGUCAACAGUGAGCAUGGUCGAGGUACUAUUUAAUAAAUGCAGACGUGUGUCACCUGAAGAGAAAGAAGUGAAGGUGGAGAAGGUGGAGAGUAGAAGUUUUAAUUGUUUUACUUCAAUCUUUAAAAGAUUUUAUAAGAAGUCUGUCAUUCCUGAAGUUAUGGAAGAACCUCCAGCUGCUCCAGCUGCUCCAGCUGCUCCAGCUGCUCCAGCUGAUGUUGUGCAUACAUCUGAAGAAAUACUACAAACCCAAAGGAAAGAUACUAAGAAUGCUCCUGAUAUUAAACCGUUAUUUUCUAAAGAUGAAGAGUUCGACCAUCCUAAUGAGGGAGCCUUGGAAGAAAAUCAAAGUUAUUUUCCUCGUAGUAUUAGUGUUCCAGAAUCCAGACAGAUGAUGACAUCUGUCAUGACUGGAGGUAGUGCUUCUAAAAUGCAGGUUUGGGAAUUGAGGAAAAUUCCAAGUCCUGCAAGUCCAGAGAUAAAUGUACUGUACCAAGCCCCACCUCAAUCUUCAGAUGAAGAUAUGCUUGAAGAGGAGGAGGAGGAGGAGGUGGAGGAGACGGUGGAGGAGGCGGCGGCGGAGGAGGAGGUGGAGGCAGAGGAAGAAGAGUUGGAGGAGGUGGUAGAGUUGGAGGCAGCAGGGGAAGAGGCAGAGAAGGAGGAAGAAGAGGAGGAGGAAGAGGAGACGGCAGCGGCAGAGGAGGAGGCAGAGGAAGAAGAGUUGGAGGAGGUGGUAGAGUUUGAGGCACCAGGGGAAGAGGCAGAGAAGGAGGAAGAAGAGGAGGAGGAGGAGGAGACGGUGGAGGAGGUGGCGGCGGUGGUGGAGGAGGAGGCAGAGGCAGAGGAAGAAGAGUUGGAGGAGGUGGUAGAGUUGGAGGCAGCAGGGGAAGAGGCAGAGAAAGAGGAAGAAGAAGAGGAGGAGGAGGAGGAGGAGUGGGUGAAAAGCUACUACCGAUAAAAAUAUAAUGCCUAUAAUCAUGUAUAAAUGUUUUUUGUUUUUAUUUCUAUGUCUCUGAGUAUGCCCACUGGAGUCACCCCUCCAGGGUGUGAAAUUCCCUGGAGCUGUUGUGAUAGACAGUUGUGACCCAUCCAUCCUAUGUAGCUACUUAGAACUGAGCUCCAGCUCUCUGUAAGAGUAGCAAGCACACUUAGCUACUGAGCCAUCUUUCUAGUACUCAAAUCUCUAUCUUGAAGGCACAUUUGAUAUUUUGAUAGUAUCCAUCCACAGAUACAGAUAGGUUUAAAAGCACUCCCUCAGAAUACCUCUAACACCUAAGACAGGAGGUGUGGAUGUCUCCAAGAGGAGUAUAUCAUCCCUGAACAUCCCCUUGUAGUACACCCGGGUCCUGGAGGUCAACAUAGGCAAAGUUCCUCUGGAGACACCUCAGAACCUCACUGGGUAGCUGGGGAGCCUAAGAUAGCAAAUUUCAAUGGUGCUCCUUCAGAGGCUGGGCUUGUUCCCUGGGGUACCCUCCAGAUCUCCAGUCCUU